AUGGCACAAUCUACUGAUCAUCCAGAUGGGACUCUGCAGACUUUGUCGCCCGGUACAAUUGUCAUUGCAGGUGGUGGACCUGUCGGCCUUCUCCUGGCUCAUGUGCUCUCAUUUUAUGGUGUCAGAUCAAUUUUGUUUGAGCGCAAUAAAACCACGACCAAGUGGCCCAAGAUGGAUCUCACCAACGCGCGGUCCAUGGAAAUCUUUCGAAAGCUAGGCCUUGCAGAAGAUCUGCGCCUGCAGGGUGUACCUCCAGAUGUUGAUCAGGACGUGCUUAUAUCUUCUGGUCUUUCUCAGGAAAAGCCACUGACCAAGUGGGAACUCCCCGGGGUUGACAAAUUCCGCAAGCGUAUCCAAGAAGUGAAUGAUGGAACCCAGCCUCGGGAACCCUGGCAACGACUUUCACAGGCAGUAUUUGAACGAUGGCUGCGUGAUAUCUGCGAUAAAGACCCAUUGAUCGAGCUUCAUUACGGGUGGCGUGUAGAAAGUUUGGAGGAAUCAAGGAACCAUGUCCGAACCACUGUUGUCAAUGUUGAUAGUGGCGCCUCACGGACCUACAUUUCUGACUACGUUGCAGGCUGCGAUGGGGCUUCGAGUAAGGUGAGAAGGUCAUUUCAGAUAUCUUUGGAUGGCGGGCCUAUUCCCUCGUGUGCAUUACUCGUCCACUUCAAAUCCCGUGACCUGGCGCGCAUCAGGAAGCAAGGCCGUUUCUGGCAUAUCUUCUUCCUGCAGCCACAUGGUGGAUUCGGUGCUGCAAUCAUCUCCCAAGACGAAUUAUACACCUUCACAGUUCAUCUCUUCCUGCCACUCAGCGUCGAUACUGAUAAGAUCGAUUCGAGAGACGCCAUCUAUCGAGCUUUGGGUGGGUUGUAUGGUGAUUACCCCAUUGAGAUUGAUGAAAUCCUGGUUCGCUCGGUCUGGCGACCACAUAUUGCAGUCGCGAGGAAAUGGCACAGCCCAGGCUACCGUGUAUUCCUGGCUGGCGACUCGGCUCAUCAGAACAUCCCAACCGGAGGCUACGGUAUGAAUAUGGGUAUCGGUGACGCAUUCGACCUUGGCUGGAAGUUGGCUGCCGUCAUUAACGGCCAAGGCGGAGCUGGCUUACUGGCUUCAUACGAGCUGGAGAGACGUCCGGUGGCACUACGCAAUGUUGAACAAUCUGGUGUUCAUUUCAAGGUACACCAGGAUCUGGAGGCUAUCAUUGCCGGACAUGACCCCAAGAGUGUUGAUGUGGAAUCCGAUGAAGGUAGCGCACUGCGAGAAAAGAUCCACACUCACUAUCAAUUGCACGAUGGUGAAAAUAAAGACUUUGGGAUCGAGAUGGGCUACCGAUAUAAUUCACCGGUCAUAAUGCGAGAAGAGGACGAGAUGGAGCCUCCUUUCGAUCCACACCAUUUUGUUCCCACCACUUGGCCUGGUGGGCGAGCACCAUCUCUUUUUCUGUCAGACGGGAAAGCAAUCUAUGACUUGUUUGGGAAAGAUUGGACACUAUUGAGCUUCUCUACUCAAGAUAAUGGUACUAGUCACAUGGUAGACGCGGCUGAACAGUUGAGCAUUCCGCUCACUCUGGUGGAUGUCUCACAAGAGCACCUCGCCGGAACUAUCUAUGAAAAGCCACUGGUACUAAUCCGCCCUGAUCACCACGUCGCAUGGAGGUCAACCGGUGUGGAUUCUCUGGAAACAGCGCGAUAUAUCUGGACGAUUGUGAGCGGGCUAGCUGGCGCUUGUUUGUCUCAAAGUGGAGAACCACAGCCAACGCGUGCGUUCACUUCUACUGAUGGCGUAGAGAGCCAGGUGAAUGAUUUUGCACUUGAACAAAUGGGCGACUUCCAACGAUAA